AUGAAUGCCAGGGUUUUAAGAUUUCACACAAAUCUUUACAGUACACUUGGAACAUCUUUCAACUAUCUACAAUAUGCUGUGAGAAAGAGAGAAAGAUUUCAGAUUUUACACCGAAGAUAA